AUGAUGUUAGAAAGAAGAGUUCUAUCCGAGAAAGACAUAAAUUCACAGGUACCAUUGCAAAGGAGAACGUUGCAAAAUAAAAAAUCGCUUAUCCAAUCAAAGGAGAAAAGUAUUUUCAAAGGGAAUGAUACACCUCAGUUGAGUACUAAAGAUAAUAGUGAUGAGGUAGAGGCCAAAAGACUGAAUGCUUUACAAAAUUCUUCUCCCAAUAGUAUCAAAAACAUAGAUAUUAGCCGCCCAUUGACAAAAGCUAACUUGAAAAUAUUACAAAAUCAAAUAUUUAGGUAUGAAAAUAUGGAUCCUAUAUGUAAUCAUUAUUCUUGUUCAAAGGAAAAUAUGCUGAGCAUUAGUUGUUCCAGAAUUUGGUUUUUAUUCGAAUUGGAAUUGACCAUAGAUGGGAAAUGGAAUUUUAGAAACAAUUGUUAUCAUAAUAAGGUUUAUAAAAAGAUCCAUCCAUUGUGGAAAAUCCAAAACUGUUUAGAAAAGAAACUUAAUGAUAAUUCUGUGAAGUUCGAUAUGAGUUAUAUUACAUUUAUUCCAUUACCUAAUUUGUCAGAACUGCUAUCCAAUUCCGGGACCCAUGAUAGUAGUGCGGUGGAAUUACAUGUUGAAUCAUUAGAAGAACAAGUUAGUUCACAAAGGAAGUUAAAGAAGAGGAAAAUUAUGCCACCAAGUAUAUUAUCAUAUAGAAACAGAGAAAAAGUAUUUGAUGGUGUUACUUUUGACAUUGAAAAAAUAUUAAAUGACGAUAUCUAUUGUGAUCCUCUAGAGAUAGAUGGGAACAAAUAUAACGAAGUUUUAACUCCACGCAAGAAUUUUGAUAGUGGUGUGCAGCAUAAUACAUAUUUCAACCACAACAAAUAA